GUGAAGGAGCGGAGCAGCCUUUGUCCAAGUAUCCAUGCUGGAGAGGAGGUCGAGAACAGCUGUCGGCACAGAUAGCCCAAAGCUCUGAGCCAUCGAGUGUCGUGUCGUCAACAUCGCGGCCCGUCUGCCCUUCCCGUCAUGCGGAGCAGCAGCAGGAUCCUCCCGGUCAGCUGGGCCAUGGCGUUGGCGUCCAUCAUGGCGCCACUGAGCAUCAGCAGCAUCUGUGUCAGCGCCGCAUGCGUCGACACAGCCCCGGUGUUUGUGCUGCAGCCAUCGCGUCUGCAGCACAUCAGGACCAACCAGACACUCAGAAGGCCGCAGCAGAGGGCUCACAAGCUGCUGACCUCCACACUGCGGCCGCAGCCGAGCAUUGGGGACGUCUUGUCUGCGUCUGAUGGUCCCUCGGGGACGGGCGUGUCGAUUCAACCUGACCACCGAGUGCCAGCUUCUUCUGGGGAAGGUGACCUCCCAGCAACACCACCAGUGGCCACUGAGUCCCACCCACUAAAGGGCCCACCUGCCACCGUGACAGCCAUCUUGCUCAACAACGUGCAGUGGUAUGUGCGGACACUGGUGCUGCAGGCGACGCUCAUCCCGGUGUCGUUUGCGCUGGCGUCGGUGCUGGCGAUCCUGCUGGAUGUGCACUGGAGCGCCAAUGGGGUGCUGGCCGGGCUGGCGGGCGCCGUGCCGCUCCUGCUCUUCGAUGAAGGGCUCUUCAGGUGGGUAUGUGGGUGGGGUGGUACAGUCAGGACUCAGACAGACAGACAGACAGACAGAUCACCCACCGGUGAUGAUGCCUGCACUGCGUGUGUGCUGUGCUGUGCAUGUGUGUGUGCGUGAGUGCAGGUGGGCGCGUCGUUUCAAGGUGCAUUCAGUGGAGGAGUGCGGUGAGCACACGGUGGCCAUGACGACCGCCCUGUACGGCGAGAAGCGCAACCUCCCGCUGGUCAUCCCCUCCGCACUCAUGCUGGCUCUCGUGUCGGGCAUCGGCGAGGAACUGCUCUUCAGAGGCGUACUGCAGCAGUGGUUCCAAGAGGUGCGCGCGCACGCACGCCAUCCAUCCAUCAAAGAGAAAGUGUUGUGUGUGUGUCAAUGACUGUCAGCUGACGUCGAGUGAGACGCUGGGCAUGCUGCUAGGCGGUUGCGUGUUCGGCGCCUCCCACGUCUUCGGCCGCUCGCCGGUCUACGGCCUCUUGAUCGCCCUGAUAGGCUUCUACUUCGCGGGCUUCUACUUCCUCUCGGGCGACCUGCUGACGGCGUGCGUCGCCCACGCGCUGUUCGACUUUGUGGCGCUCGUCAAGCUACACUGGCGGACCACUGACCAGCGGUAGACACGUAGACAGAUAGAUAUAGCAUGUGAGAGUCGACGGCGUCGAUUAGAGGGUGGGAAGGGGAGAGAGGGGAGAGAGAGAGUGAAAGGAUGGAUGAGUAGGGCGAGAGUGGAUGUCAUUGGGACCCGAUGGGAUGGCCUUGCCGCCUGGUUUUUGGUCUUCGACGCGUCUUUUUCUGUCGGUUGAGAGAGCAUCUCUCCUGAUGGUAUGGUGUGUUUGGUUCUUGCCUGGCGGCAGAUAACCAAUGAGAUUGGCCAAUUCAGCUUGGCUGUCUUGCUCGGUUCCUUCGCUGUCAGCUGAGAAACACCCACACACACAUCAGGGGGAUGCAUACGCUUAGUCCAUCCCUAUGGCACAACAGUUGAGAGACCGUCGACACAUGUAGAUAGCACAGCCCUCCCUGGCAGAGAGCAGCGCACGGGGCCAUGUGUUGUCAUCCAGUCGUGUAUCGCUAGCACAUCUUACAAGAGCGUCAGCGUCGUUUUGGCCCCUUGCGUCGCUCACACCGCGCAUCCCUCUCUGUCUCUCUGUCUCUUGUGUAUCUCAGAAAGGGGGUUCAGUUUUGUUUUCCUUUCGUCCGUUUUGUUUUGCCUCGGCGUGUGUGCUGUGUGUACUGUAUUGUAUGCUAUGUAGAUACGAUGCUAAGAGAGUGUCUGACGGGGGCGGGGCUGAGGGCGACUGAAUGGAUGGAUGGAUGAGCAAAUGGACGGGUGGAUGGGUGUGUUCAUGUGGAUAACAUCAAUCAAGCCUCCCCCGCAAUGCAACCCACUCGCUAUGUAUUGCCCGCUAUUACAUGUAUACAUACGUGUGGUGCAAUGCAAGGAGUGUAUAUUAGCUAGUGUCUUGUUCACUGUCUGCGCGGCGAGAGACGAGACAGUGAAUUGGCGGGUACUUGCGUGUUUCUUGCUCCACAAAUACACAGCACGCUGUGUGACUAGAUAGAUAUACUACUAGUGGUUGCUAUGCGUGUACAGCCAGAGGGGGGGGGCAGGCGGUGUAUGGCGUGUACCUGUUAUGUCCGACUGGCCGGACGGCUGCCAGUGCGUCAAGCUGAUAUCUAUCGCGAGCUGAUGGUUGGUAGCCCUCGGUUGCGAGCGGGCUUUCACAGUGCGUCGGGAUCGCAUCACGUUUGAUUCCGGCGCACUUGGCGGCCCGACCGUAUCAGCGGGCUUCAGCCUGGCCCAUGCAUCCGUGCAGAAACAGCAGCUAGAAUGGACCGCCUGUGUUGAUGGACAGACAAGAGGCUCAUCCCGUGUCUGUCUGUUUGUCGUUCUGUACAGUUAAAUAAGUCACAUAGUACA